CGCUGCUCCCCAUGCUGACGCCCUGGGCUGACAGGCACCUGGAGCCAGAACCAGUGCCGGGAGGAUGGUGCGCAGUCGGGUGCCCGCCCCCAGCAGGGAUCUCCCUGGCGGCCGCUGGCUGUUAACAAGCCGAUGGCUUCACUAAAGCUGCUUUGCAGAAUACACAAAUUCAGAAAACGUUUAUCUGGAAGGAAAUGAAACGAAAUGGCAUGAAAACAAAUGUCAACAGCACCAAGUCAGGCAGUAACAAGGCCAGGGAUUUAACGUCCAAAAUGGCUACCAUACCAGUUUGGCAUACUCUGUGUCCUCACGUUCAAAAAUUCAAAAAUUUAAGACCCUGCACUUCAUCAUUUAGAGUCUGUUCAAGAAAUGGUUUCCAAAAUACGCCCAGAUCUUCCUCAACCACAAGUGUUGCAAAUCCGAUACUGUCCUCCUUAGAUGUUAAACGGAUUUUAUUUCAAAAAAUUACCGAUAAAGGAGACGAGUUGGUAAAAGCCUUCCUGCUGCUCGAUCCCAGCUACAGCAUGACGGUGUCCAAGAGCGAGCUGCGGAGGGUCAUCAACACCUUCCUGCUGACGCUCACCAGGGAGCAGUUCCAGGACGUGCUGGCCGAGAUCCACCUCACCAGCGCGGGUGCUGUUCCGUACCUCCAGUUCCUGUCCAGGUUUGGCGGGCUGGACCUAAAUGUAAAUCUUAUAAAGCGGUGCAGUGGAGGCGAAGUGAAUGGCGGCCGGACCCUGAAAGAACUGGAAACCCUCGUAGGAGAGAAGAUUUAUAAAAACAUGAAAGCCGUGGUCCGCGCCCUCAACCUCAUCGACGUGAACAGGACGGGCCGGAUGCAGCCCAAGGAGCUGCGGCGUGUCCUGGAGACCUUCUGCCUGCGGAUGACGGAGGAGGAGUACAGGAAGUUUGCAGAACACUACAGCAUUAAUACGGAUGCCUCAGUGGAUUACAAUGCCUUUUUGAAGAGCCUCAGUAUAAAUAAUAACUUAAACCUCAAGUAUUAUUUGGGAGAUCAAGGGGCCUCAGGGGAGAAUCAACGAGCAAAAACUGCCUCGAGGGACUGCGCCGUCCGCUGUUCCGAUGCACCCGGAAGCCACUGGGAGGACCGCUCCCUGGAUGACGUCGGCAGGGCCUUUUGCCAGGAGCUUUCCAAGUGCCGCGAGAAGGUGGAGAAGGCCCUGAGCGCCGGGGACCCCUCCAAGUGCGGGUACAUCUCCCUCAAUUACCUCAAGAUCGUCCUGGACUCCUUCGUGUUCCAGUUGCCGCGGAGGGUCUUCAUCUCGCUGAUGAAACGAUUUGGACUUAGAACCACCAACAGAAUCUACUGGAAGCAGUUUCUGACGUUGCUGCACGACCCUCAGUGGUCGGAGGCUCAGGGUUCCGGUCCCUCGGCCAAGAAGGACAGCACCAGCCCUAGGAAUCAGUGUUGCGGGGAAAAUAUUAUCACCAAGUUAUUCGGACGAGAAGACCACUACACGCUGCUGAGGAAGACGCUGCUGAUGGUCAGCUCGAAGGUGAAUGGGCGGAUAAAAGGGCAAGAACUGCAGCAUACCAUCAACUCCCUGGUCGUAAACCUGAGCGACUCAGAGUUCAAGGAACUGAUGCGGACGCUGGACCCCGGGGACUCGGGCCUGGUGGACAUCUACAGGUUCCUGGAGCUGCUGGAGGAGAGCCGUGGGAAGAUAGGGAAGCCGUCCUCCGGGGGGGACGCCCAGGCGUCACAGCUGCUGGCCUGGGACUUAGUGGAAGGGAUGGUGCGGGACUCCAUCAGCAGGAACCUCCUGGCGUUCCACGACCUGCUGUGCUCCUACGACUUGGGAGACACGGGGCUCAUCGGGGCAAACAACUUCAAGAAAGUGAUGCACAUAUUCUGCCCGUGCCUGACGACGGAGCAUUUAGCAACACUCUGCAGCAAGUUUAAGGAUUCAGCCUCGGGAAAGGUCCUGUACAAGAACCUCCUGGCCAGCAUGGGCGUCCAGGGCCUGCCCGCCGCCCGUCCAGCUAAUGCCAUGAAGGACCGGCCGCCCCGCGAGCACGGGCAGAAGGGGCCGCCGCCGGAGAGCGCCGAGAGAGCCAAGCCCACGGAGGACAAAAGCACCUGGACCAAGACGGUGACCAAGGACGAAGCGGUGGAAAAGCUCCGGCACUGGGUCCAGCAGCAGGACCCCGCGUUCAAGAAACAAUUCCUCAACUUCAGCAAGGAUCUCGAUGGCAGAGUGAACUGGUGCAACUUCAGGAAGGUGCUGGAAAAUAACGGGAUGCCUAUGGAUGAUGACCAGUAUGCUCAGCUGACUGCAACCAUCGGAUAUAAGAAAGAAGGGAUGAAUUACCUGGAUCUCGCAGCAGGAUUUGAAGGAGCUAAAACGAAUGGGCUGCAAGUGACUGCAUCUCAGACCUCAGUUCUUCCAAAAAACAACCUGGCCAGCUACUUCGUGACCGCCGAGGAGUGCCUGAGGCUUCUGCCCCAGAGACUGAGGGAAAACUUCCCGCCCUUCCCUGCAGUCGUCGUCGCUCUGCGCGGGAACUGCGUGCACUCGCAUGGACAAAAGCAGAAGGUCACAGAUUCAGAACUAGCUUGCGAGCAGGCUCACCAGUACCUUGUCACCAAAGCAAAAAACAGGUGGACAGACUUGUCUAAGAAUUUUACAGAAACCGAUCAUGAGGGCGCCGGCAUUCUUCGCCGACGGGACAUGAAGAACGCGCUGUACGGCUUCGAUGUUCCCCUCACGCCGCGAGAACUGGAGAAGCUGUGGAUGCGCUAUGACACCAAGGGGCGGGGGCACAUCACGUACCCGGAGUUCCUGCACCAGCUGGGGAUCACGUACUCGGCGGACGUGCACCGGCCCUACGCGGAGGACCACUCCAACUUCAUGGGCCACUUCAUGAAGCCGCCGCCGCCAGAGCCACCACGGAAGGAGCGCCCAGCGCAGUGCCCAGAACAGCCCCCAGAGCAGCACCCUGCACAGCCGCCGGGCACGGACACGGACAAGCCAGCCAGGGAGAAGCUGAAGGACCGCAGUGAAGACAUCAGGAAGGCGCUGACCAAGCUGGACACGUGCAGCAGCGGCUCGGUGUCCCUGUGCCAGCUGCAGAGGGCGCUGCGGGACAGCGGCUGUCCCCUGAAGGAGGCAGAGCUGGCCGCGCUCCUGGGCAGUUUGGGAAUCAGCUGGCAAAACAAUUCCAUCAAUUACCUUGACUUCUUGAGGGCCGUGGAGGACGGCAAACCAUCCGGAGCUGAGCCGAAAGAGAGCGAGGCGGGCGUGCCGGUCAAUUUUGCGAAACUGAGUCCGGAGGAGGUUCUGAAGAACGUCCAGAAAGUGGUGGCCGCCUCCGGUCCGGCUCUGGCCACGGCGUUUUCUGCCGUGGACAAAGAGGACACGGGGUUCGUGAAGGCUUCGGACUUUGGACAAGUGCUGAAGGAUUUCUGUUACAAGCUGACAGAUAACCAGUUCCAUUACUUCCUGAGGAAACUGCGGCUUCACCUGACGCCCUGCAUCGGCUGGAAGUACUUCCUGCAGAGCUUCGGCGGCUUCCUGGAAGAGAAUGCCUCUGAGUGGGCCGAGAAGAUGCCCAAGGGCCCGCCCCCCAGGUCUCCCAAGGAAGUGGCCAACCGCGAGAUCCUGGCCCGGCUGCACAGAGCCGUGGAGGCCCGCUACCAGGCCAUCGCCCAGGAGUUCCAGAACUUCGACACCGCGAAGGCCGGCACCGUCUCCCGGGAGGAGUUCAGGGCCAUCUGCACGCGCCACGUCCAAGUGCUGACGGACGAGCAGUUCGACAGGCUCUGGAAGGAGAUGCCGGUCACCGCCAAGGGGCGGCUGCGGUACCUGGACUUCCUGAGCAGGUUCAGCUCCGAGAAGACAGCCACCCCGCCCAGCAGCGGCGACUCAGCCAAGGCCCACAGAAGGUGCGACGUCCCCGCCACCUCGGAAGGAGGCAGAGCUGUGGGGUCACCGCCCACCGGAGACUCCCCGAAAGCAGGGACCAAACCGCGGAGCCAGCAGUGUACGGCCAGCAGCUCGGGCUCCGUGCUGGGCACCCCACAGCUGCAGAACUGCGAGCCCAUCGAGAGCCGGCUCCGGAGGCGGGUGCAGGGCUGCUGGCGUGAGCUCCUGCGGGAGUGCAAGGAGCGGGACACGCACAGGCAGGGCGACAUCCCCGCGGCCGACUUCCUGGCUCUCGCGGAGAAAUUCAAGCUGGAUCUCAGCAAGGAGGAGAGCCAGCAGCUGACGGUGAAAUACGACCUCAAGGACAACGGGCGGUUUGCCUACUGCGACUUCCUCCAGAGCUGCGUCCUGCGGCUGAGGGCCAAGGAGACCUCGCUGAUGCAGAGGAUGAAGAUCCAGAACGCAGACAAGAUGAAAGAAGCCGGGACCGAGACGUCCUCCUUCUACUCGGCGCUGCUGCGCAUCCAGCCCAAGAUCAUGCACUGCUGGCGGGCCAUGCGCCGCACCUUCAAGUCCUACGACGAGGCGGGCACGGGGUUCGUGGGGGUGACUGACUUCCGGAAGGUGCUGCGGCAGUACAGCAUCAACCUGUCGGAGGAGGAGUUCUUCCACAUCCUGGAGUACUACGACAAGACGCUGUCCUCCCGGCUCUCCUACAACGACUUCCUGCGGGCCUUCCUGCAGUAGGCGUCCGCGCCGACCCGGACACGGUGAGCCGGCCGUGCCCACGACGAACCAGACCCUGUAACCGGGGCCUCGUGAACGGUCAGACUGUCGCCAGGAACCAAACAGCCCACCGAGCCUGCAUCCUCACGGUCAGCGGCUCAGCACUGCCCUCGGUCCCCACGCUGGGACCGCCUCUCGGGCGGCCUGCCAUCGCCCGAGCCUCAGGCCCCUCACUAGUCUGAGCAAAUAAAGAUGUUUCC